AUUUUUACCAGUUUAUAUAGUCACUUGUUUGGUGUGCAGUAAAAUAAUUUUUUUGAUUUGUUAAAAUUUGUAAAUGAGUUGAAACUGUUGUUUUAUAUCAAAUAGGAUUUUUUUUUAGCGAGAAUUGUAUCGCAAUUUAUGAUAGAAAAAGUGAAACAAUUUAAUUUUUUUAAGACACUUUGCUCCUUCUUUCCUAUAAUUGUAUGGCUUCCUAAAUACAACUUAAAAAAGCUAAAAGGUGAUCUAAUUGCUGGUUUAACUGUUGGAAUUAUGGUUAUCCCACAAAGUAUUGCAUUUGCAAACUUAGCUGGUUUGCCAAUACAAUAUGGUUUGUAUACAUCCUUAACUCCUGGACUAAUUUAUUGCAUUUUUGGAACAUCUAAGGACGCAAACGUUGGAGCUACAGCCACAAUGUCUUUGUUUACUCACAACAUUAAUACAACAAAAAGCCCUAUAGGGGCAUCUCUUCUUGCUUUUUGGUGUGGGAUUAUUUUAACUGCAGUUGGAAUAUUUAAAUUAGGAUUUGUGACUAAAUUUGUUCCUUUCACAAUAAUCAGUGCCUUCGUUUCUGCAGCUUCUAUAACAAUUGCUAUAUCGCAGUUUCCUAAUCUAUUAGGAAUUAAGGGUGCACCCACAACCUCGUUUCCAAUUCUCGAUUAUCUUAGACAAAAAAUCAAACUAACUAAUAAAUAUGAUGUAACAUUAGGAAUAAUAUGCAUAGUCUAUCUUGCCUUUUUUAUGUGGCUGUCAAAAAUAAAACUAAAUAAUUCACCCAAAAGGUUUGCUUUGGUACGCAAAUUAUGUAAUAAAUUCAUUUGGGUAGUGUGUCUAGCACGAUUGAUUCUGGUAUGCUUUUUCUCAGCAAUUAUUGUUUAUAUAUUUUUUAAAAAUGGAAAAACACAGAAGUUUACAUUAGCAGGAAAUUUGACAAAAGGAAUGCCUAAGUGUCAGAGUCCUUUUGCUACAGCACAACUAGGGAAAAAUAUAACUAUGUCUACAAGUCAGUUUACCCGCGAUUUUGGUAUAUCUAUUCUUGUUUUGUCAAUGAUUCAAUUCAUUGAACAAUAUUCAAUUACAAAAGGGUUUGGGCGCAAGUUUAAUUAUAAAGUAAGCGCCCGACAAGAACUUAUUGCACUUGGUAUGUGUAAUAUAGCUGGUUCUUUUUAUGGGGGCUGGCCUGUAGCUGGAAGUUUCUCUAGAUCAGCAGUAAAUUCAAUGAGUGGCGCCCAAACACCAUUAGCAGGAGCAUUUUCAUUUAUCGUGGUGAUAAUUGCACUCGAGCUGUUGACUCCGGCACUUUCUUAUAUACCAAAGUCUGCGUUAGCUGCAAUGAUAAUAAUGGCAGUUAUAACAAUGGUAGAAACCCGUGUUUUAAAAAGCAUAUGGAAACUUUCUAAAUGGGAUUUAUUUCCCUUCUUUACAACAUUUUGGUUGUGUUUUUAUAACUUGGAGUACGGUAUACUUGCGGGAACUGGAAUUUCAUUGAUAUAUGUAAUUGCAAGAGAAGCGUUUCCUAAAUAUUGUGUUAAUAAAGACGAACAAAACAACUCCAUUACAAUAUUGUUAAAAACAAACUUAAGCUACCCUGGUUCAGAGACCUUAAAUCGAAAAAUCCACUCCAUAGUUCGCAAAAAUGACGGAAUUAAAAACAUUUGUCUUAACUUGUCCAACACUUCGUAUCUUGACUUUUCCGUACUCAAAGCGUUUGAAACAUUACAAAAUGAACUGAGUGAAUUGUCAAUAAAACUUUGUUUUAUAGGAGUCACAAAAGAAUCUCUUCGAAAACAAUUAGAAUUUGCUGGAUUGACAUGUGAGCUAAAAGAACAAAUUGAAUUGCAGCAAAACAAACAAGAGGAAGAAGUUUAUAGGCGACCAACAGUUACACAGCCAGUUUUAUUAUGUCAAGACACAAUACCCCCAAAAGAAGAGGAAAACCAUGAAAUGACACAAUCAACAGAAGUUUUUACCUUGCCGUCAAUAAUUACUGUGGAUAACAUACAUUUUAAAGAUCAAUAAAAGAGUUAACUGCAUAAUUUUUUAAGUUGUUAAAUCCAAACUUUUUUUUGUUGUUUAUAUAAUUAUGUACUUUAAUUUUUUUAUUAAGAAAAUUAUUUCAA